GGUGGAGCUCGGCCUCAGAGCGAGGAUCCGAGUUAUACGCACAGCCGACUUCCAAAUUGAUGUGAGCGUCAGCCGUGAUUUAUAUACGCUUGCAGUGCUACCAAGUUGCCCCAACCAUCUACGUUGCCUCCACUCCCGUUUGCAUUGCUUUCAACAUGAUGUCUCUGAACGACGCCAGCGUCAGCCAAAUCAGCACGGAUUCUGAUAGCUCGCAGAAGCAAUCACAGUUUAUACUGUUCAGCGUCAUCCCUGCGUCCUUCAGGGCCUCAUCCAUGCUGAAGGAAGGUGAUAAGGCCCAACGUGUGACGCUGAAGCUACUCGAGAAGACGCAAACCUACAUGGACAAACCCCUUCACAACCGUUUGCACCAGCGUUACGAUGGGCUCAAAGAAGGCAGGCUGUCAAUCAAGCGCGGCUUUUUCGCGAGGGGCAAACAAUGGGAUGAAAUCGUGGUGUACAGGAAGGGGUCUGUCGAGCUGAGCGAUUUUACUGUGGUCUCGUCAGAAAUUGCGCGCAGUAAGCAGAUGUGGAACAACAAGUUUCGAGAGUCUUCACCGGCCCAAGCCAGUCAUUUAUCUCCAUCCAACUCAGCCUCCCAGCCAGACUACGCUUUUGCUAGGUCAGCCUUGGCCGAUGCCGUGCCGACUAACAGUGCAAAUCAAGAUGGCGUAAACAAUAUUUCAGGCUCCUCAGUUGGUCCCGUACAUGAACUCGAAGAGGACGACACGACGCGACCAUCCGAGUACGGGAUCUGUGAGCUGGACUCGAAGGGCUUCCUAAUCAAUAGUGACAAGGCCUCCGUCUUGACGGACAUCGAGUUACAGAAAAUGGUCGAACGUGGAGACAUAGAGUUCACGUCUGAGCCUGCCGAGGAUGACUCGGAGAGCAACCCAUUUGCCGAUAGCGGCGAGGUUGCUGGGCAGAUGACAGGUGCAUGAAGGACACUCGCCCGGAGGCAGCAGCCCCAGAGUUGUCUUUUAGUUCGAAGAUGGACUUUCCUAUCAAUAACCGGCGGCGCGCGGGCGCGAACUGGCCCAUUGCACAUGGUACUUGUAGAAUAUUCGUUAUUUGUAAUCUCACACUGCUACGAACAUCAGAUGACCAUUGCUUCUACCUCUUGCCAAUGGAUGCACCAGUGAACAUCGUCUACAUAGGCUGAAAGAUCUAUCUAUCGUGUGUGCCCUCGUAGACUCGCGUUGACUACAUAGACCUCGUGGCCUGCUUUUAGCUUUUGUAAAUUAUCAUGUCCUGCGAUGACGAGGAAGG